AUGGGCAACUGUGUUAAGUCACCGCUUCGAAAUCUCUCUGAAAAGAUUCGACAGGAAGACAGAAACAGCUACAAAGUAGUCAGGACGUGCGAGGAUGCCGUGGGAGCGGCUGCAGCGUCCUCUGGAGGGAGUGAGAACCAGGAGCCUUUGGUCCUUCAUGCUCACAGCCGCGCACUCCUGCACAAUCUCCUGGGGCCAGCCUGCAUCUUCCUCAGGAAGGGACUGGCAGAGAGGCAGGCUGACAGAGAGCUGGGAGCAGAGGAAAUUGAAGAGCUGAGAGACGCAUUCAAAGAGUUUGAUAAGGACAAGGAUGGAUUCAUUGGCUGUAAAGACCUGGGUAACUGUAUGCGGACGAUGGGCUACAUGCCAACAGAAAUGGAGCUGAUCGAACUCUCCCAACAAAUCAACAUGAACUUGGGCGGCCAUGUUGAUUUUGACGACUUUUUGGAACUGAUGGGACCGAAGCUUUUGGCGGAGACGGCUGACAUGAUUGGAGUGAAAGAGCUUCGAGACGCUUUCAAAGAGUUUGACACAAACGGAGAUGGAGAGAUUAGCACAACUGAACUGCGUGAAGCUAUGAAGAAAUUACUGGGCCAGCAAAUUGGACACAGAGAUAUUGAGGAAAUCCUGAAAGAUGUUGAUCUGAAUGGGGAUGGGCGUGUUGACUUUGAAGAAUUUGUCCGGAUGAUGUCACGCUGAGGAUGGAGAGCAGGCCCUCCCUGAAUGAAGAGCCACCAACUUCACAGAGACCGUCGCAAUAUCUUAAUGCUGCUCUAGAGGCUGUAUUGAGCAGCUCCUCCGAGUUACGGAGCGAAACCUCUUCUGUCCAAGCUUCCAGUCCUCCACGUUGGAGCAACGAACUGAAACAGAAACUCUUUAUAUUCCUCUGCUGCCUGAGUUACACAGCUCAGGGGCUGAUCCUCACCAAGGACUGUCCAUACCCACUCAGUGGUGAGGUGGCCUCUCUUUCAGUGUGCAUUGCUCAAAGUCAAAUCGCCAAUGUAAUUAACAGAUGAAAUUUAACAUCAUACCAAGCUGUUUAUAGGUCCUCUGUCUUUUACCUGGCUUUGGAGGAUAUAGCCUUCAGCAAUUAUUUGGAAUAUCAGGGAGAAGCAUUACUGUGUGGCUGCACUGCCCACACUGACUGACAGAUUUACAUUAAAUUUGCCUCUGCACUACUUUGAUUAAAGCGUUAUAAUGAAUGGGUUGUCAAUUGAAUUGAAAUGGCAGAAACUGGAGUGUAAUGCGUUCGGCAGAAACUGGAGUGUAAUGCGUUCUUGUGUGAGCCUGCUUUACUCGCUUCACAGAAGAAACAGAAACGUCCCAAUUUUCCUCAGUUUAUCCAGGAUUCCGUACCUCAGCA